UUCGAACCAGUAAACCCAGAACCCUAACCCUUGCAUUUGCUCUUCCCUGGAGCUCAUGGCUCAUGGGGGGGCAUCACCGGCCACCGGGGUUUGAUUAUCUCACCGUCACCGAUGGGAUUGUGAGACUACCCUUGUCUAGAAUUAUUAUCACCUCCGUAGAGCUCUUUCUACCUUUUCUAUUUGCCAAACAUCAAGGGCAUCAAAGUGUCCAUUGUCUUCAGGUUUUUGCAUUAUCUUCCCAAGUUGGGCUUUUAAACUCGGUGCUCUGACUUCAUUGACUAGUGAAUGGACCUAAGGAAAAUUUCAUGUCUUCCAUUUUGAGAAAGGAGGGAAUGAUAGAUAAGAAAUGCCCCCCCUAACUCCCCGCUUCAAUGCAAUAUUCCCUUUUGCUUCUUACUCUGCCUAAAUAUCGUAAUCUAAUUACCAAUGUAUGAUCUAGAAGAUGACGAAGAAGACCCACUAGCAGGCAUCCUUCGCCUAGCCAGAGGACAAGAGUUUCUUGGCAAAGGAUACAGGAUACUUCAUCAUGGGAUCCACCGCUUGGUGUCGAUGAAUCCGAAACUUAGUGUUCCCCAAAUUCUGCAUACAGCUUUACUAACAGUUCAUCCGGAUUCCGGAGGGAGAGUCGGAUGAGGCAAACGUCUAUAGUUCAAAUUUUGGUACAUGAUUUCAAGCUGGAGUGAUGUGUCCAUCCACAUUACAGUCACAGACAGACUCGUUAGUGGGGAACUGCUUGUAAGAGUGAAUGGGGAACUGCUUUUGGCUUUUAAAGCAAUCACUGCUCAAUUCGACAUGACUCGUUAGUGGAACUGGAACCCCACCACUGAUGUACUCACCAGAAUGAGGAGAUGUAGUAGUGUCUCAUCUAUGACAAGCCCGCCGGUGAGGAUUCAACCCCCAAUCCCGGUGAUGUUCCGGUGAGAACCACGAGCUCCGGGGAACAGCAAGGGCAGGGAUUAGGGUUUUAUGUUUAUUGUGGAAAAAAGCUUUGACUGUCUAUUUGAAAAAUGGGGCUUUCUCUUCAAUUACUUUUUUACCCCGCAUCCAUGUAAACGUGUCAUGCAGAUGAGGCUUAAGAAGUGCCACGCUGUUCUUUGUUUCGCACAUGGCAAAGCAGAGCUGGGGUUGAAAGUUAGAAGACAGGUGGCAAUAGGAGCUUCAUUGGGGAGAGAAAUGGGGUAGUGUGCCAUGUGGGUAGCAGAUAGGGAGCCGCGUCGCCCAACAUGGCUUCAAAAUCAAUACGUCUCAUCUUCUUUUAACCGUCCAGUCUAGGUUUUGUUCGUUGAAUUGAACCAAUACCACCUGCUUCAUCAAUUACUGGAUCAUUGCCCUAGACACCCCUCCCAACCUCGACCACCUCUUCCCUCCACCCACACCACCUCCUUUGGUCUCUCUCCCCUCUGCUGCAGCCUGCAAGCUGCAACUCCCCCCCAAAACCCAAAACCCAAGUUCACAAAGAGAAAAAGAAGAGAAAGUUUUAGAUACUCUAGGGUUUCCAUGUAAUCUUCUUUUACCAUUGUUCUAUGUCUGCAAUCUCUCAAAAUAAACCCUAGAAGUCACAACUCUUUUUCCAUCUCUACUCCGAAGAGACUCACCACUACGAGGUUGUUUUACAGUUGAGCAGCUGGAGUACGUCAUCCCCGAGUUUUCUUUUUGUCAGCAAUCAAUGUCGGUCAGUUCUCUCCUUUGUUCUUCUAAUUUUAAUUUCGUAUAAUGAGUAGUCUACUUGCUUUUUAUUCGAGAUUAUAGAGGGAAAUCUGGGUCUAGAUCAUUCAUGGAGUUCGAACCGUUGAACAUGGAAAACGAGGUUAUCGAAUUCGAUAUGCCCAUGGGAGAUGAAACCGUGGACAUUGAGCAUCCCGUAGAUGACGAUGAAAUGAUCGAGAGUUCCGGUGGUCGGGAACUAUAUAUUCCUGAGGGUGAUACGAAUCUUGAACCUUACGAAGGGAUGGAAUUUGAAUCGGAAGAGGCCGCCAAGGCUUUCUAUAAUUCAUAUGCGCGGCGUGUUGGAUUUAGCACCCGUGUCAGCAUGUCCCGUCGCUCAAGGCGGGACGGUGCCAUCAUACAGAGAUCCUUCGUAUGUGCUAAGGAAGGAUUUCGGGUUGAGAAAGAGAAGCCGGGCAGUGAUGGCAAGGUUAAACGCCCCCGAGCUAUCACCAGAGUAGGUUGCAAGGCUAUGUUGGUAGUGAAAAUACAAGAUUCUGGGAAAUGGGUUGUAUCUGGGUUCGAAAAGGAGCAUAAUCAUGAGCUGGUCCCGCCGGAUAAAGUCCAUUGCCUUCGGUCCCAUAGGCAUGUCUCUGGCUCUGCUAAGUCCUUGAUCGAUACCUUGCAGGGGGCUGGGAUUGGCCCGAGUGGRAUCAUGUCUGUGUUGAUAAAAGAAUAUGGGGGWAUUAGCAAYGUUGGAUUCACAGARCGAGACUGUAGGAAUUAUAUGAGAAGUAGUCGCCAGAGRACACUUGGUGGAGACACCCAGAUUCUUWUAGACUAUUUGAAGCACAUGCACGCCCRGAACCCAUCAUUCUUUUAUGCYGUACAGGGUGAUGAGGAYCAGUGUAUGAGYAAUAUCUUCUGGGCUGAUCCCAAGGCCAGGAWGAAUUAUACUUAUUUUGGAGACACAGUUACCUUUGACACAACUUACAGGUCAAAUCGGUACCGUUUGCCAUUUGCUCCAUUCACUGGCAUAAACCAUCAUGGACAGCCUGUUUUGUUUGGCUGUGCUCUUCUUAUAAAUGAAUCUGAAACAUCAUUCGUUUGGCUGUUCAAGACAUGGCUUACAGCAAUGUCAGGUCACCCUCCAGUCUCAAUCACAACAGAUCAUGAUAGAGUGAUACGGUCAGCCAUCACACAAGUGAUUCCAAAUACUCGCCAUCGUUUCUGUAAGUGGCAUAUAUUUAAAGAAGGUCAGGAGAAGUUGUCUCAUGUGUAUCUUGAACAUCCAAAUUUUGAAGCAGAGUUCCACAAAUGUGUAAAUCUGACUGAGUCAAUUGAGGAGUUUGAGUCUUGUUGGUUGUCCCUUAUUGAUAAAUAUGAUCUCAGAGAGAAUGAAUGGCUUCAGGCUAUAUACAAUGCUCGGCGGCAAUGGGUCCCAGUAUACUUGCGUGACACAUUCUUUGCUGAAAUGUCUAUAACCCAACGGAGUGAUAGCAUGAAUUCGUAUUUUGAUGGGUAUAUAAAUGCUUCAACCACCCUACAGCUGUUGGUUAAGCAGUACGAAAAGACACUUGAGAGUCGGUAUGAGAAAGAAGUCAAAGCUGAUUAUGAUACAAUGAACACUGCCCCCAUUCUCAAGACUCCAUCACCUAUGGAGAAACAAGCAGCAGAAGUUUACACGAGAAAAUUAUUUAUGAAGUUUCAAGAGGAGUUAGUUGAGACUCUUACUUUCAUGGCUACCAAGAUGGAGGAUGAAGGGACAGUUAACAUAUACCGAGUAGCGAAGUUUGGAGAAGACCAUAAGGCUUACAUUGUUAGGUUCAAUGUGCUUGAGAUGAAGGCCACAUGUAGCUGCCAGAUGUUUGAGUUCUCAGGCCUUCUUUGUAGACAUAUAUUGACAGUCUUUAGGGUCACAAAUGUUCUUACUCUUCCAUCUCAAUAUGUUUUGAAACGGUGGACAAGAAAUGCCAAGAGUGGUGUUGUAUUAGAAGAACGUGCCAGUGAUUUGUUAAACAGUUGUCGUGAAUCUCUUACUGUCCGAUACAAUAAUUUACGUCAUGAAGCCCUUAAGUAUGUAGAUGAAGGAGUAAAAACUAUAGAUAUUUACCAUGUAGCAAUGGGUGCUCUACAAGAGGCUGCUAAAAAGGUUGCUCUUGCAAAGAAGAGUGGUGGGAGGAUUCCUAUGGUCAAUGGAACAAACCAGGUGGAUAUUUUUAAUGAUGGAAGUCAGGCCAGUUAUGCCACUGGGAGUAAUCAAUGGGGUUUCGGUCAACCUCAGACUAUGGAUGAAAAGGACAAGAAAAUUGAGGAACUAUCUCGUGAGCUUGACCGAGCAAAUCGGAAAUGUGAAGUCUAUCGAGCAAAUCUACUCACAGUUUUGAAAGACAUUGAAGAGCAGAAGCUACAACUCUCAGUUAAAGUUCAAAACAUAAAGCUCGGCAUGAAGGAUUGAACUCUGAAGUGGAAGGUUUUUGGUCGCUAUUCAGAUAUGAACUCUUGUUAUUUCGAAGUUUCUGGAUAUGGAUGUCCAUGUAUAUUCACAUCGACGAUCUCAGAUCUCUCUCUAUAUAUAUGAUUGGCCAUUGUUGUAUCAAACAUCCCACACCAUCGCAAUGAUUGAACAUGUAGAUGAAGCAUCAUUGCAGGCAAGUAGUAUGUGUGGCCGGCGCUUGGUGACCGCCACAAGUGGAACUUGAUCUUGAUCAGCUCCGACACCCCGAGUUAAAAGGUUUUGUGACUUAUUUUAUGUCGAUGUACAUAUUAAUUUUCUUGAAGAAUUUGACGGUUUUUUUUUUUUUGGUUCUUUUCAUUGUGUUAGUUGAAAUUGUAUGCAUCACUUUUUGUGCAAAUCUUCUUGUGUAUCUUAUAGUUGGGCAUGUUUAUUAUUUUGUUA